UGCCGUUAUUAUUGUCAUCAGUGUGUCCACUCGGUGCUCAGCCGUUCGUGAGCAAACAAGUAAACAAGACAAGCAUUAUAAAAAUUGUUGAAACCCUGGAAUAUAACAUUGCAUGAAGAAAGAAAAAAAUUUGGUACAUUAAAUACUGAAUAAAUUCAGUAAUAAAUAAUUAGUUUCACUAAUAUUCAAUUGAAUAAAUAAUAAUGUCAAAAACAUUGAUAUAUUUGAUGUGCUUGGCAAUAGAAUACUCUUUUGCGGUACAAAGUACUCAUAUGAACGAGAAUGAAAAAAAUACCCAACCAGUUCCAGUUUAUGGAUUUGAAGUAGAUUAUGAGAACAAUCAGUUCCUCUUAGAUGGAAAACCAUUUAAAUAUGUGUCAGGAAGCUUUCAUUAUUUCCGUACACCAAGAGCAUUCUGGAGAGAUAGGCUAAGGAAAAUCAGAGCUGCAGGACUCAAUGCUAUUUCUACUUAUGUUGAAUGGAAUCUUCAUGAACCAUCACCAGGUAAUUGGAGAUGGACUGGGGAAGCCGAUUUAGUUGCUUUUCUAACGAUGGCUAAAGAUGAAGGUCUUUUAGUGUUAUUAAGACCAGGCCCAUAUAUCUGUGCAGAGCGAGACUUGGGAGGGUUGCCUCCGUGGUUGAUGACCUUCGUACCUGAUAUACGAAUGAGAACAUAUGAUGUGCGAUACAUGCGUUAUGUUGAAAUAUAUUUAAAUGAAGUUCUGACGAAAGUGAAACAUCUUUUAAGAGGAAACGGUGGCCCAAUUAUUAUGGUUCAAAUUGAGAAUGAAUAUGGAAGCUUCCAUGCAUGCGAUAAUGCAUACAAAGAAAAACUCCGUGAUAUUGUUUAUGAACAUGUUCAGUCUAAAGCACUUUUGUAUACAACAGAUGGACCAACUGACAAUAUGUUGAACUGUGGAACUGUAUUAGGUGCUUAUGCAACAGUUGACUUUGGAGCAGGGAGUAAUGUAACAUAUAAUUUCAAUAAGAUGCGACAAUACCAGGCAAAUGGUCCUUUGGUAAAUUCUGAAUAUUAUUCUGGUUGGCUCACUCAUUGGGAUGAAUCUUUUCAAACCGUACCAACUGAUGAAUUCAUUAAAACAUUAAAGCAAAUGUUAUUAUUGAAUGCAUCAGUAAAUAUUUAUAUGUUUUAUGGUGGAACCAAUUUUGGAUUUACAGCAGGAGCUAAUUCUGGAGACAAAUAUUGGCCUCAGAUAACCUCGUAUGAUUAUGAUGCCCCACUAACGGAGGCCGGCGAUCCCACAGAUAAAUAUUUUGCAAUCCGGAAGACGCUUGCAGAGUUUUUACCUCUACCUGAUUUACCGCUACCAACGGUUGCACCUAAAGGAGAUUAUGGAUCUGUUCUGCUAGAACCGGUGAUGGAACUCCUAAACAAUCCUGCUAGAAAUUUAUUUGCAAAUACUGCAGGACAAUUUGAUGUACCACCAACCUUUGAAAAACUAAACUUUGUUAAUGGCCUAGUUCUGUAUGAAUCGAAUUUCCCUCCUAGGAUCAAAGAUCCAACAAUUAUUCAUGCUGAUGUUGCUGAUAGAGGAAUUGUCUAUGUUGAUAAUUACCUCGUCGGCACACUCAGUCGAACUUUGAAGAUCAAUAGCGUAGUAUCACAGAAUCCCUAUGCAAAGAAAUUAGCGAUCCUCGUUGAAAAUCAAGGACAUCUCAACUAUGGAAAUCUCAUAGAAGAUUGGAAGGGAAUAUUUAAUGUCCAUGUUGACGGCAAAGUCAUACCCAAGUGGAAUGUCACAAGUUAUUCAUUGGGCGAGAUGAUCUCUCUGAGAAAUUUCUCUACCAUCAAAAUGGAUCCAGGCAAUCUUGUCAAUGGUCCGGUAUUACUAAGAGGAACUUUUACCAUCAAAAAUGAUCCACUAGAUACUUAUUUAAACACUGCAGAUUGGGGCAAAGGUAUUGCUUACGUCAAUGGUCACAACCUUGGAAGAUAUUGGCCACAAACUGGUCCACAAAUUACACUUUAUGUUCCCUCAGCAUUCUUAAUGACCGGAGUUAACGAAUUGGUCAUAUUAGAACUUGAAUACAUACCCAAUAAAAUAAAAAUGAAACUCCAAAACACCCCUAAUCUGGGCAUUCCAACAACGAAAGUAUUCAAUGAUAUGUAGACAUAAAAUUUGCUUUAAAUCUUUACUUAUUUUGUAGCUAUGUUUAAAUACAUUUGUAAUAAAAAAUAUUUUUUUUUUUUUAAA